AUUUGAUCAGAAUUAUUUUUAUAACACUAGGAAGUGUGUUGACUUAAUAAUGCACAGUAUCCACGGGCCUAUCUGCUCAUUAUUCGACUUUUAUAAAAACUUUUUUGUUCGGUUUACCACUUCGCUACGUCCCCUUUAAGUGGCGUUGGGUGUAGGCUUCUAAACUCAAAGAGAAACCGAGGAGUCAAACUGUAAAUAGAAAGCGAACUCGAAGAAAAUUAACUCUACACGGUACGUUGAGGCUGCUGCGGUACAAACAGGUUGGCGGGGCUGGAGGGCUGGAUGCGGUCGUCAUGGUGAAGGAUGUUUCGGAAAGUCAAAAAGCGCCACAGCAGCAGCAGCUCGCAAAGCAGUGAGAUCAGCACCAAAAGCAAGUCUGUUGACUCCAGUUUGGGAGGACUUUCGAGAUCGAGCACCGUCGCCAGCCUGGAUACAGAUUCCACCAAGAGCUCAGGAAACAGUGUUUCUGAGGCAUGUGCAGAGUUCCGGGUGAAGUAUGUUGGAUCCAUCGAGAAGUUACAGUUUGACAUGAGCAAGACCCUCCAGGAACCAUUGGACCUCAUCAACUACAUUGAUGCUGCCCAGCAAGACGGAAAGCUGCCCUUUGUUCCAGGAGAUGAGGAAAUGGUUCUCGUUGUGUCCAAGUAUGGAGUCAAAGUGGCCUCACUGGACCAGUGUGAUGUGUUGCAUCGGCACCCUCUCUACCUGAUAGUGCGUAUGUUGUGUUACGAUGACGGCCUGGGUGCAGGCAAGAACCUCCUGGCUCUUAAAACCACCGACACCAAACAAGAGGAGUGCAGCAUCUGGGUGUACCAGUGCAGCAGCUCUGAGCAGGCUCAGUCCAUCUGCAAGGUGCUAUCGGCUUCUUUUGACUGCGCUCUGACAUCAGACAAGUCCUGAGGCCUGUGUAGAGGAGACGUAAAACAACAGGAAGACCAGCAGUAGCUAAUUAGAAAACCAACACGGCAGCAUUGUGAUCGCAACCAUUUCCCUCUUUUCUUGCAAUUAGGAGGGGGAAUUAACAUGAUUCCAGCCUUUGUAUUGAAAGCCUGCAUCUCUUAGGUACUGAUACUUUCCUCUAGUUGAGACAGAACUACUGUGAAAUCGCUUUAAUCAUUUCCUAGUCAUUUGUUUUUUGACAAAAAACAAAAAGUAGAAAAGAGGGGAAUGGUUGCAUUUGUCAUCGUGCAGUGUAUAGCAGUGUAAUAUUAAUCAUAUUUAAUUUAAACAAGCAUACAUAAUGUUGGAACCCAUCUCUCUCUUGUGUCAGCACAUAAUUAUUCAUGGGAGAUGGUACUAACGGUUUCCUUCCACUCGGAUCCUUAUUCAGGUUUAGAAAUCACUUUGUGUGUCUGUGUGUUUUGUUUUCUAACAACAGUAUUGGUACAAAGGCGUGCAAUUCUUGACGUUACAGAUUAAUUUAACCCCACAUGUUCAGAUUUGUCACCCUGUUCCUCAUUUUUGUGAUUGUUUGUCUAUUUUCGAUGGUUUAUUUGAGUUUAAUUUCUGUUUACGGCAAAUAUCCAGUGAAUCUCUUGGUACCGAAAGCUUCUUGCAUUGCAUUGCGUUUUUCGUGUAGAUGUUAAAGCAUUAGAUUGUGUUAGAUUUAAUGACUCCUUAAAGAUUUUGUGGGAACAAUUUGUUUACAAUUGUGGUACGAACUUGACUUCACCUCUUAUAAUAAGUACUUUUUCACAAUGGUCCUAUACAAAAAAUGUUUUACAGUGAGAAAUUAAAAGAAUUUGAUGUGGUA